GUAGGCAGACUUAUUUUUUAUUUUGGAAAUUUGAAAACAAAUAGAGGAAUCAUCGAAAAUAUUGUAAAAGAGUGAUUUAAAUAGAAAAUAUAAUGAAUGAAGAGAGAAUGGAGGAAGAUAAUAAUAUGGAAAACGAAGUCAGCGAUUCUUCUGACUCGGAUAGUGAUAAUGAUAAGGAACUGACUUCUAGAGCAGAAGCAUUGGAAGCCCAAAUAUCAUCAAAUAAAUACCUUUAUGAUGCACAUGUAGAAGUCACUACAAUAUAUCUCCAAAUGGGAGAUCUUGACUCCAUGAGAGCAGCUUUUCAGAGAUUUCAUGAGACAUUUCCCUUAACUCCUAAGCUAUGGUUGAGUUGGAUAAAAGCAGAAAUAAAAAUUGCUAGCACUUCUGAAGAGAAGGCACGUAUUUUCCAACUGUUUGAUAAGGCAGUUGAAGAUUAUUUAUCCAUUGAUGUCUGGGUGGAAUAUGCACAAUUCUCCAUUGGUGCCAGUGAACUGAGUAAAACUCAUUCCAUCCUAGAACGUGGUCUAAACUCUGCAGGACUUCAUGUGGCAGAGGGUUCCUUACUUUGGGAUACUCUGAGGGAGCUGGAGCAUGCUCAUGUACAGGUCAACUCUGAAGGCAGUGAGGAAUGGAAAAAUCAAGUCAAUAGGUUGGCAGAUGUUUUCAAGAGACAACUGUCUGUGCCACUUCUCAAUAUGGAGAACACCUACCAAGAAUGGCAGGAUUGGUUCAAAUCUUUACCACCAGGAAUUGUGAAUCCAGAUCCUAUCGAAUGGGGUUACAAAAAAGCCCUUAAAGUAUUGGAAAAUUACAAACCCUUCGAAGAACGCCUUCUAAUCGCCGAAAGCACGGAGAGACUCGAAAUAUACAAAGAGUACAUAAAAGUGCUGAAAGACCCAUCCACAAUACUGUGUCUGUAUGAACGAGCAGUAGUAGAUUUGUGCCUCACUGCGCAAUUGUGGGAAGAUUAUUGCGGCUUCGCUUUCAAAUUGGGCGACAUCGCCGAUCAAGUGAGCGCUAGGGCUCUGAGACAUUGCGAUUGGAGCGUGGAACUGUGGUGUACCAGGUUGAGGAUACAGGAGAACCUGAAGAGGGACGAGAAGGAGAUCGUCGAAUGUUUCGAGGAGGGAUUGACCCGUUGUUCGGCCGUACCCAACCUCGAUCUGUGGCUGACCUUCCUGGAAUACCAGGUGAGAAACUGCGGUGAUUCGGACAAGUUGGACAAACUUUUUCGGCAGGCCGAAGAGCAAAUAACAGAUGAGACCGAUCCGGCUAGAAAGUUGAGCAGGUGGCGAGCGAGAAUGUUGGCGAAGGGGGCCGACAUGGGCCGAGCUAGGAAAAUAUGGAACGACAUCGUGCAUGGUCGACAUCACAAAGGUACGGCCAGCGUAUGGCUGGAGUACGCCCGCCUGGAAAUCCAGUACGGCGACCCUAAUUCCGCCAGGACCGUCUUCAGGCGGGCCCUCGCCGCCAGCAAGGACUGGCCCCAAUACAUUGCCGAAGAGUGGUCGAUGUUCGAGCGGGAGAACGGCACGUUGGAGGACGUGAUGAAAUGUUUGGAGGCGUGCAGCGUAGUGAAAAAAGUGGUGGAGGAGAGGCAAGAGAGCGGGAGGGAAGUUGAGGAGGUGGCGGAGAGUAGGGAGGAACGCGUUAGGAAACGGAAGUUCGAGCCGAGAGAGAGAACUAGAAUUGGACAUGCCAAGAGGUCAAAGAUGGACGAAGUGGUUGAACACAAACCAAACCUGUUGCACGCCCCACCGAAAAAACCGAUCGAAAAAGAUCCGAAAAUAACAGUGUUCGUCAGCAAUUUACAUCCCCGAGUGACGGAACGGGAUUUGAAGGAGCUGUUCCCGAAUGCGGUCAAUAUCGAUGUGGUUUUGGAUCGGAAAGGCAAAUCUCGAUGCUUUGGCUACGUGCAGUUCGCCAAAGAAGAAGAAACCCUCGUCGCCUUGGCACGAGAUCGGGCCCCCAUCGACGGCAGGCCCGUCUUUGUGUCAGAGAUCAAGCCGGAGCGGACGGAGAGACAGCCCGUCUUCAAGUACGCCACUGGUGCCGAGGAAAACAAGCUGUUCGUGCGUGGUUUGCCGGUCGACAAGACAGUGGAGGAGAUUGAAAAGGUGUUCAAAGCGUAUGAUCCCGUCGAUGUCAGGGUGGUCACCAAAAGAAACGGACAGUCCAAAGGCAUCGCCUACGUGGAAUUCGACACCCGAGAGGCGGCCAAUAAAGCCCUUCUCGCCCUGGACCAGACCACCGUCGAGGGGCAGGUCAUCACGGUGGCGGUGAGCGCCCCGCCGCCGCCCAAGGGCAAGCAAGGGGAGCAGGUGCCAAGGGGGAGCAGUGGCGGCGCGGGAGGGGCAGCCUCUGGGGAGCCGUGGAGGAACGCAAGGAGCCGGCUGCAGGUGCCCGUGAUGAUGGUGCCGAGGGCGGUACAGGCGAAGGGGGCAGGUAAAUCGGAUCCAAGUGCGAAUGGAGGUGGAACUGGAGAGGCCCCAAAGAAGAAUUCUGAUUUCCGAGAUAUGCUUCUCAAUCUCAAGAAGUAACUUUGUUUAUAACGUGGCUGUUUUAGCUCCGAAUGUUUUUAUAUCUUAGUUCGAUUUAAUGUUGUAUCGCUGAAUAGAAAUAUAGGGAUUAUUAUUGCCUUUUUUGUGUACCUGCGUCAAUCUACGAUAAAAAAUCUUUAUGGAAAUUUGACGAAACACUGGAUAUCCAACAUUUUGUUUCCUAAGAUUGAGAGCUUUCUGUUCUAAGACUUGCAAGUGAAGCUUCAAUUCAGAUUUUGGUAGGUAUUAAAAAUGAUUACUUCAAAGGCUCUUGUGGAAAAAUACAUUUUAUACCUAUUAACCCUCUCGCUCAUACUGUAUUCCAUGGAAUAUUGAAUACAUUAAAGUCCUAAUUCUUU